AUGGAGCUGGUCGCUGAUAAAGCUUCCAUCUGGAGCUGUGCCGUGUGGGUGAUAGGCGGCAGCGUUUGCUCUGCCUGUGCUGCAAUCCGACUCCAGAAUGCUGCACAUAUCCCGUUGAAGGCAGCAUUAAACUUGGUUUCCCAUGUCGGUUCAGUGUGCUCCCCUACUCCAUCAGCCAUGUUGGUUACGGCCCAUGAGUGGGAAGCGGCAGCAUGUGUUGAUGUGAUGCUCUCGGCUGUCUUUUCCCCAGCAGGGACCGGUCCAGAGGGGGGGAACAGGUUGCUUGCAUUUGCCCGGUGGUCCCAGGUUGGAGGAUCGGCCCUUUCCUCCCCCCAUGGGUCCCUCGACGUGAGUAGGCCUCAAAUGCAGCGUUUGGCUUCAGAACGGCGGGCGAGUGUCCGGAGUCGUUUAAUAGUGCUCCCCAGCGGUUAUUUAUAG